GAUCUCCGUGCUCUUGAGAUCACAACAGUCCUGUUCAUUAUAAUAAUAUUAUCUAAAAACGAAAAACACCUGCAUUAUCCUAUCACGAAGAAGUGGUGUCGACUCACCCACACAAAGGAGUUCUUCUCUGCUAAUGGUCAUGGCUUUUGCCUUCUCCAUUGCUACACCCCAGUCUCUUAUGCUGUGUGGAAACAAAGCCCUCUUUGGGGAUCUUCCAAAGAUCCCAGCUCCCACAGUGGCAGGUAGAAAGAGGCAUUCGAUAGCAUUUGCGAAGGCUGCAGGAGAUAGUUCUGAAUCUUCUUCAUCCGGAAGCAUCGUCAAAUACGUUCAAAAUGCAUGGAACAGCUCUGAAGAUCGUAUAGCUCUAGCUGGUUUUGGUUUCGCGGCCAUCGUUGCAAUUUGGGCUUCUGUAAAUCUUAUUGGGGCUAUUGACAAGCUUCCUGUUGUCCCAAGUGCUCUUGAGUUCAUUGGAAUAUUGUUUUCUUGGUGGUUCAUAUAUCGAUACCUCCUCUUUAAACCUGACAGGGAAGAGUUAGUGAGAAAUAUCAAGAAGUCGAUUUCCGAUAUCUUUGGACAGUGAAAAGCUGCACACUGUUACAUCGUCGAGAGGGAAACUACGAAUUUGUAUCUUAUCAAGAUCAGGAAUGAUUUGAGUUGUACAUUUUCUCUGUUCCAGAUUUGUUUUUUGCUGUAUAAUGUGCAAAUAAAUAAAUAGACAUGAACUCUUUUUCUCGGUGUAUUUGUGAAUUUUAAUUCAGUAUAUGAAGCUUGUAUUCGCUGAACUUAAUGAAAUGAUAACAAAGUUGGAAAA